AUGCAACGAAGCGGUAGAUACUACCGUAAGUACCGUACGGUACCGUAGUAAAUGGCAGGUAGCGCCAUGCUGCAUGCACAUUCUCACGAAUCGAAUGCUAUGUACAUGGCUGCCCUGUCUUUCUGAAAUUCUGUUAGUGUUACUAUUAGGAAUAUUAUAGGAAACUGAUGUGAUCAUGGACCAGGAUGUAACACUGACGAUUCGCAUGAAGAGAAUAACAAGAAAGAAGGUAUUUGCUGAGACUGUAUCAACCAAGCAAGUGAAUGACCACCCACCAGAAUGGAAAUGUUGCAAUAUCUGUUUCAGGAGUGCCAUUGAUAUCAACAAGCACACAUCCAUUGAACAUGGGGAAGAGAUUCAGAGCAAAACAUUGGCUGCUCUAAAAGCUCUGAAAAGAGGCAAAUCUACAUUCAGCAGCUCUGAAGAUAUUUUUGAAAGUGCAUCAGCAGGAGAGGGACUGGAAGAGCAUUAUCGCAGAUCAGGAAAGCCUUAUGAUCAGAACAAGAUUCCAGACCAUGGUUUCAGUCCACCUGAUGUGGAUGCAAGUGAGGGCAUUAGUGAUUGCAGAAAAAAACUCCCCUCAUACUCUGAGGAUGAAGUGCGACCCUGGUUACCUAUAAAGUGCAAUAAGAAUACUGAAGACGAAGGAAGCUAUUUCGACAACAAAAGCAUGACACAGGAAGGCCAAGUCCUUCUGUUCUACAAAUAUGUUGAAUUGACCGAUCCACCUGAUAUAUGUGAAUGGCAGAAAGAGUUAUGCAGGAGACUACAUUUAAAUGGAAAGAUCAGGAUAGCUAGAGAAGGUUUAAAUGGUACAGUUGGUGGGGCAUUAUCGAACACUCAGAAGUACAUUGAAGCAGUCAUGUCACACCCAUGCUUCACAGGCAUGAAGAAAGAAGAUUUCAAGACAAGUCAAGGAGGUCAUGAAAGUUUUCCUGGUGGUCUAAUUGUCUCAUUACAUCAAGAGAUUGUUCCAAUGGGUGUAGAUCCUAAGCUGAUCAGUUUCAAAGAGGCAGGUUCUCACCUUACCCCCACCCAGUUUCAUGAAGAAGUUCAGCAAAACAGAAAAGCCAAGGAAAGUGGGAAAAAGACAGAUACAGUCUUCAUUGACUGCAGGAAUUUCUAUGAAAGUAGAAUUGGUGCUUUCCCAGAUGCAAUCACUCCAGACAUUCGAAAAUUUAGCUACUGGCCUGAGUAUGUGGAUAAGAAUGAAGCAGUGUUUGCAGACAAGAAGGUCCUUAUGUACUGCACUGGAGGUAUCAGAUGUGAAAGGGGAUCAGCCUAUCUAAGAUCAAAGGGAAUCUGCAAAGAAGUGUUCCAGCUUGAAGGUGGUAUCCACAAGUAUCUUGAUCGCUAUCCAGAUGGCUUCUUCAGAGGAAAAUUGUUUGUCUUUGACAACCGCUUUGCUAUUCAGACAAACCGGGAUGUCAUAGCAGAAUGUUUCCACUGUUCGAAGCCUUGGGAUGAAUACCAACCAUGCAGCAGUGAACACUGUCAUCAGCUAGUCCUUUCCUGCCUAUCCUGUAGGACCUCUGGACUAACCACCUGCUGCCAGAGAUGUGCGGAAUUAGCUCUUCACUAUGCCUCUGACAACAAGAUGAAGAAAAAGAAGGAGGAAUGCAACUGCACCAAGAACCGAGUGAGGAUUCCUGUUGAAAUCUUGGAUAACAGUUCUGUGCAUUCUGCAAGCAGCAUCAAUGAAUCAUGUCAAGACACCUUGAGUAAAGGAGCUAUGCCUAGUUGAUGGUUGUUACUAAGGCAAUGCAGUGGCAUUGUGGAGGUAGAGAAAAACAAUGUUUGAAUUCCAUAUGUGAUUUGCUUGAAUUGUAUUUUGCCAGAAACCAUCUUGAAAAUUCUUCUUCACUUUUAAUCAAGUUGCAUCCAGAGGUUAAUUUGAUAGUAAUUGUAAUGACUAUUACUCAUAUAGUUUUCAUUGAAAGAGAUUUAUAUGAAAUCAUUCAACGAUAUUGGUGCAAUAAUACAUACUCUUACUCACUCUCGGUCUCUCACAUAUUUGCGCAAUUCUAUCUCAGUAUCACCCUACACAUAGUCUUCAUUCAUCAUCAGAUGCUUCCUACACAGAGAAAAAUUCAAAGCUAUGAAAUGAACUACCUAUUCAAUUAAUGCCAAUUUUCAUCAAGAGCGUUCUGUUGGCUCACUUUAUUACCAAUGCAGUAAACAAAAUUAUAAUGAAUAUUAAAUUGCAAUUUACUUGUAUUAAAGGAUAUCAGUAAAAAUUUGAAUUGUAUUUAAUUGCAAUAAAUAUCUAUAUACUGUAGAGUAGGUGAUGGGAAUUAUGCUAACAAAGAUCUCCUAAAACUUUUUUCUGGAUUUAUUCAGUUUGAUUUCAUCUGGUACUCACUACCUAAGAAAAGAAAGUGGAAAUUACCCUUGAUUUAUUCUUUGUUUUGGAAUGUUUACCUGUUGACCUUCCCUUUUGUCUUGUAGAAUAUGUGUGCUCUAUAAAAUUACAGUAAUCUCCUAAGGAGUGAAGCAAUAUCUUAUUACACAGAUCAUACAUAAAGGUACACACAGAUUUUGGUUAUCAAAUCUUUAAAAUCUGAAUUUAGGCGUGUAUGUGCUUACCA